AUGAAACGAUACCUGUUUUUAUCUAUUCAAAUAUUCUGGUUUAUUUUAUGUUCAACAAUUUUCUUUUCCACUUAUUGGAUGAUUGAGUUUGAUUCAUUAAAUAAUAGCUGUGAUUAUAUUAUCGAUGAAACGUAUAUUCAAAUAUGUACUAAUUAUAAGAAGAAUAUCUUUUUCGGAAAUCUAUGUCCACAACUAUGUGAUACAAGUUAUGAUGAUUAUCAAAUCAAAUUAAUCGAUUGUCCUAGUUCAUCUAGUCAUAUAGGCAAAGAUGUUGUCAUAUUUGCCGAAAAAUUGCCAAAUGUAUCACUUGUGAUCAAAUCAAAAGCUCUUAUUGAGGAAAAAUUUGCUGAAAUUUCAGGAAUUCAAAACGAUAUAAUUGGACUUUCAAAUGUUUCGUUAGGACAGGAUUUAUUUUCUGAAGACCAGCUCAAUGAUACCAAUCAUUAUUUAUUAAUCAAACAACAUGAAUAUGUUUUGGCUAAAUUAUUUAAUGAUGAUUAUCUUUAUCCAAAAAUCCUGUACACAUGUGGUCAUUUUUAUGCUGUACCCAAAUUGAACAAUAUAAUUGAUUGGACAUAUCUUCUACCAUUUCCAUUACAAACUUCAAACGAUAAAAUUAUUGUUGCAAUUGAUUUGCUGAAUUUUCUAAAACGAUUUAUCAAUACUAAAUUGCCAAUGGAAUUAUGUGAUGUCAAAUAUUAUCAUUUUGGUUAUAACGAAAAUGGUACGCUAUUGUUGCUCGAUUCUGAUCUGAUUCAAAGUAGACAUUCAUUGAUUGAUAUAAUCGAACACGUGACCGAUUGUAAAAUAGAUGAUGAUUGUCAUUUUAUUGAUUGUCAUGGCAAGUGCCAUCAAGGCUCCUGUCUAUUGGACAUGACCGAUAAUAAUCUGAAACGAAUAUGUCGAAACAUUUUAUUCGUUGAGCUAUUGUUGAAUGAUUAA